CAGAUUGUACCAUUUGUUUUUACUUGUUGUUUCUUGGUAGAAUCCCUUUCCAGUAUUCUGAGUUGUAGAGAUCAGACGUUCUGGAUCUAACUUCAGUGCUUCAUAGUGUUAUUUCUCUAUCAGUGCUGACUCCAGCUGUGAAGGCAGCCCAGUUUUCCCACAGAUGGAGGCAACGUUUUUGUCCCAGUUAAUCAUUUCUAAACUCUCCAUGCUGCCACACAAACUCACUCUAUCUUCACAUUUCAAUGAGUGAAGUCUCCAGUUUUUCAGAUAUGUUGUGGAGGAUUCCCUUUAUGUUUUUUAUUCUGGUGUUAUGGGCUCCAGUUCACAGUGGGCCCAUGACAAACCUACACCCCAACAUGACAGACCAGGAGCUGUUCUGGGGCGCCGACCAGUACGACUUCUCUGUGGUGCUCCGUGCUUCUGGGUUGGAUUGUUUCUGGCACUUUGCUCACACUGGAGAACGAUUCUACCUCAGCUACAUGGUCCAGUGGGUGACGGGAGUCGGCCAUGACAGACACCUGUCCGUCACAGUCAACGCCCCUGGUGGUCUGUUAGUGGCAAAUAUUGAUGAUGCGAAGGGUCAGAUUAACUUCAAGGCUGAGGAAACAGGCUUCUAUCAAAUGUGUUUCAGCAACUUCCACAACCGCUUUGGCAGCAUGCAGGUCUUCCUCAGCUUUGGUGUUUACUACGACGGCCACCAGGACCCUGCCAGGAGCAAAGAAGAGGAAAAGAAGAAGACAGAAGAAGUCAGCCAAGAACUGAACAACACACUGAGCAUCAUAGAGGAUGCGACUCACAAAGUGGAGAACCACAUCUUCCACGUCUUCCGCUACUACAGCUUUGGUCGCAUGGGGAAGAGCGCCGACUACUUCCUGCUGCUGUCCAACUCACAGUACAUCACCUGGUGGUCGACAGCCCUCAGCCUCCUCAUCAUCACCUCCGGGUAUCUGCAGCUCCUUUUCCUCAAAAGACUUUUUGUCAGCAAGACUGAGGAAGAGAAGCAGCGCUGCUGAAACACUCCGUGUCACAGUUCACAGUCAGAAAUACCAACAGAUCUGAAUUCCAAACACAUGGUGGACCUGGAUCCACUAAUUAAACUAAAAGGCUCUGGAAGCCAUUUUUAAUUCUGGUGUUGUAUUUUUGUCCUUGAACUUCUAUACACAAUAUAAUAAGACAUUCAGAUAAUAACAUGAACAGUUUGAGAAGUUUUCCUUAUGCCACUAAAACCCCCAGCAGGUGUCGCCUAAUCAAGACUGCUUUUCAAGACUCAGCUCCUUUCAGGAACCAUUAGAAUCAGUUCAACAAUAUGAUGCAAUAAAGGAUUUGAACCAAAA